ACCCUCAAGCCAACCAAACGCAUUGACAGUCAACGCGUCAACCAAACGGGUAGCAACUGCCAUCUAUGCCAGUCUUGCUCACCUGCAAGCCUCCCUUAGGCCUAGACCGACAAAAAUAAACGCGAAAAUACAAAACUAAUAACGCGUGAAAACGCGUUUUUCGGGUAUUGGAAGGAGUAUUGUAUGUUCUAGGGGGAUUAAAUGGCAAACGCUGAUGUUAACUGGGCCGGGAGGGUGCGAGUGAUUAUUUAAAAGCCUUUUGACGCGCAACGCCAGUUGUGGUAUUUUGGAGGGGGUGGAGGAGCGACAGACGGAACAUCGCGCUAGAAUCGCAGCAGCGGAGCUCAGGAAAAACACAACAUUUUGAAGGAUUGCAACAAGAUACAGGAUACAUUUUGAAGAAUACAAAUAAGAGACUGCGUAUUGCGGGCUGUCCUCCAAUCAUAAAUAAUGGUGUCCACAGUUUUUGCUGUGACACUGUAUGUCACACUGCUGCAUCUGGCUUCAGGUGCAUCCUUAGGGACACCGGACCCUGAGGAGCCCCCCACCAUGACCUCUAGUCCCCGCCCCUUGGGAGAAGUCAUCCAUGCUGCACUUAUGAGUAAGGAGUACCUUGGCCGUACCCUUGGUAGCACAGGUACAACUACCAAUCCGACCCAGGCCGUCCCGUCCAUCAGGGAAUCAGAACUUGCUUCGACAAUGAUGUCUCCAGGUAUCCUCACCACAGCAGUGACCUCAUCGGCUGCACCUCGAGCUGCCCAGUCAGGUUUUGGGAGUGGCGUGACAUCACCACCAGCAGAGGAAGAGACCACAACCACUCUAAUUACCACAACGACAAUAACAACAGUUCACACGCCAGUGCAAUGUAAUGCCAGUCUGUCAGGAAUGGAGGGAAUAGUUGAGUCCCCUGAUCCACUCUCCUCCUCAUCUCUAUAUUCCCCAUUGGAAUGCACCUACAGCAUCACUGUUUAUCCUGGAUAUGGUGUUGAGAUACAGGUGAAGAAAGUGAACUUGUCCAAGGAGGAAUCACUUACCAUUCUGGAGCUGGGUGGGGCAGCACCAGAGCGUUUAGCCAAUGAGACGCUGAUGAGCGAAGGUCAGGUGAUCCGUAGUUCAACCAAUCAGGUGCAGAUUCACUAUAGGAGCCUGAAACAAGCAAAUCAUGGCGCUUUCAGCUUUCACUACCAAGCAUUCCUUCUGUCCUGCUCAUUCCCGCUUUCUCCUGAGGGUGGUGGAGUGACUGUGACCGAUAUUCAUCCUGGUGGUCAAGCUCACUUCCAUUGCGAUCCAGGGUUUGAGGUCAGAGGUCAUGAGGUUGCAACCUGUCUGAACACAACUCGACCAAGAUGGAGCACCUCUGAACCCCAGUGUGUGGCUGUAUCUUGUGGAGGAUGGAUCAGAAACGCCACUGUGGGUCGCAUACUCUCUCCGACUCUCCCAUCAGCAAGCAACCAUAGCAGCGGCAGCAACCUGAGCUGCCAUUGGCUGCUGGAGGCCAAGGAAGGACACAGGCUCCACCUCCACUUUGAGAGGGUGGCUCUUGAUGAAGACAAUGACAAGUUGAUUGUGCGCAGUGGGAAUAGCUCUGCAGCACCUCUUCUGUUUGACUCGGAUCUGGAUGAUGUUCCUGAGCGUGGAAUCGUGAGUGAGGGAAUGUCUCUCUUUGUGGAACUCACUGCAGACUCUUCAUCCAUUCCUUUGUUGCUGGCGCUCCGCUACGAGGCCUAUGAUGGGGAGCACUGUUAUGAACCAUACCUGCCUCAUGGGAACUUCAGCAGCAGUGACAUCACCUUCCCGCUGGGUACCGUAGUUACCUUCUCAUGCUCUCCUGGUUUCGUCAUGGAGCAGGGCUCAGGAGUUAUGGAGUGUGUUGACCCCAGUGAACCUCACUGGAAUGAGAGCGAGCCAGUCUGCAGAGCUUUGUGUGGUGGUGAACUGACAGACCCAGUAGGAACAGUGCUGUCACCUGAUUGGCCACAAAGCUACUCUAAGGGGCAGGACUGUGUGUGGCAGAUACACGUUAGCGAGGACAAGCGCAUCGAACUGGAUGUACAAAUAUUGAACAUCCGCCAUAAUGACGUUCUUACUAUAUUCGACGGGCAUGAUCUGAUGUCACAUGUGAUUGGACAGUACCUGGGCUCAAGAGAGAGGUUCAGGAUUGUAUCUGGGGGUUCAGAGGUCACCAUUCAGUUUCAGAGCGAUCCAGAUGACUCUACAUUUAUACUCAGCCAAGGCUUCCUGAUCCACUACAGAGAGGUGGAGCCUAAUGACACGUGUCCCGUCCUACUGCCAAUCGAGUUCGGCUGGAGCAGCUCCUCCCACCCGUCCCUGGUGAGGGGCAGUGUGCUGACCUAUCAGUGUCAACCUGGAUAUGACAUUUUUGGCUCUGACAUCAUCACCUGCCAAUGGGAUCUCUCCUGGAGCAACAAUCCGCCCACCUGUGUAAAAAGUAAAAUGAUCCAGCAGUGCCCUGAUCCAGGAGAGGUGGUGAAUGGAGCACGUUCAGUACAUCCUGAGACUGGUUUUACUGUGGGUACCGUGGUACGCUUCACGUGUAACCAGGGUUAUCAGCUGGAGGGCCCGAGUCAGAUCUCCUGCCAUGGCAGAGACACGGGCAUGCCCAAAUGGAGUGACCGCAGCCCCAAGUGUGUCUUAAAAUAUGAUCCAUGCCCAAACCCUGGGGUACCAGACAACGGCUACCAGACGCUAUACAAGCACAGUUACCAGGCAGGCGAGACUCUGCGGUUCUUCUGCUAUGAGGGCUACGAGCUUAUUGGGGAAGUUAUCAUUAACUGUGUCCCAGGACACCCCUCUCAGUGGAACAGCCCACCACCCUUCUGUAAAGUGGCCUAUGAAGGGCUACUGGACGAUCAUAAAUUGGAGGUUUCUCAGUCAUUAGAGGCCUCCCACCAAAUGUUGAGUGAGAACAUUGCAUUGGCUAUCAUUCUGCCAAUUAUUCUGGUCAUCCUGCUGAUUGGUGGAAUCUACAUGUACUACACCAAUGUAUGUAGGUGGCAGUGGAAACCACUGUUCUGGAAGUCUCUUUCUCACACCCACUCCUAUAGUCCCAUUACAGUGGAGUCGGACUUCAACAACCCACUUUAUGAGGCAGGGGACACACGAGAGUAUGAGGUGUCCAUCUGAGAUCAUCUUUAAUUGAAUCCAAAUUUUGGACGAAUAGGAGAAGAAGGGAUACUGUUAUUUUCUCUCCACAAGACAAUUAUUGGUUUUAUUAUAUUCAUUUGAAUCCCACUCUAGAAAGUCUCUCUCUCUCUCGUCCCUCUCCAUCAACUCACAGAUGAGAGAGAGAAAGAGAGAGAGAGAGAGAGAGAGAGAGAGAGAGAGAGAGAGAGAGAGAGAGAGAGAGAGAGAGAGAGAGAGAGAGAGAGAGAGAGAGAGAGAGAGAGAGAGAGAGAGAGAGAGAGAGAGAGACUUUCACAGAUGGAGUAAAGUCCCUGCUGAAAAGACUAUAUUAGAUCAUCAUAAAUCUGGUUUAGUAUUGGUCAACUAAAGCCUUUCUAGUGAAGAGGGUGGACUAGAAAAGCCCUUUCAUGUCCAGCAUCCAAACCACAACACCAGCUGGUCUUUUCACAGGGGUUGAGACAAGUACACAAAAUAUAUAAUCUGAAAUGCAGAAACUAUACACUCACGUGCACACGUUUGUAUACAGACACGUGCCGACACAUUCACACAUACAUGAUGAUGAGAACAUACUGAAUGUAAAUAUUUUGAUUAAAUAGCAAGGCUUCUGUAUACACAACUGAUUCAGUGCCAAAAUCCCAUCCCAUAAUGUGACGUCACUUUAUGUUUCACUGGUUGCCAUAGUAUUUUUCACAUUUUUAUGUAAUAAUGAGGACAAUGCCAGCAUUUCAUAUUGUUCUUUGCUGUUUCUUAUGGAUCUCUUUCUGCUUGAUGUUGAAUGACCAUGUUUCAGAGGAACUGAAUGUCCUCUUGCUUACGGCACGCAACGAUUGUAUAUUUUACCGCUUCAGCUUAAAAUUCACAAUCAAUUAUACUUACUGUCAUUGUUAUCAGAGUUGAUGUUGUUGCAUAUGCACUAUGUUGAGAAAAAUAUAUACUGAAAAAACUGCUUGCUGUGAUGCAGUAAUGGAAUUGAAAUGCUUUUUAUAAAUUGCAUUUUUUUAUUAUGUAUCUCAUGGUUUCUUGUUAAUAUGCAGUGAGUUUUGUCUUUUCCACUGUGCCAUUUUUCGGAGCCCAUGUCGUGGGCUUUGUUGCAUUAUAGUAUUACUUGAUUGUUAUUUAUUUAUCAACAUAAUAUACUUGUCAUGAAGACAUUAUUUAUUUGCUGAGAUUUACGACUAAAUAAAAGUCUCUGUUGGAUGGUGAAAA